AUGAAGGGAAGACUGCUCUCUUUAGCCUUGGCCGGCAAGCAGUCUAGGUAUGGGGAACCGACAGGCAGAAGAAUGGAAGCUCUCCUUCUUUCUGGCAGCCCCUGCAGCAGAAACUGGCUCCAGCGUAUCAGCCUUGCAUUUCCCUGGAUCAAGCCAGUGUAUGUCAAGUGCGAAGCGUUGGUCCUUGGGCAUGCAACAACCAACAGGGAGAAGUGCUCCCCACCAAGUGGAGAGGUCACUCCGCACCACAACCUCAGUGUGGUGAAACAACACGACGUCCGACAGUCUACGGUGGACGCAAAUGUCUACCCGCAUCAAAGAAUAAAACCCUCCGCCUGGGAAGCUGGAAUGUCCGCACCAUGCGUCCAGGCAGACCAAAACCUCCAUUCUGCUGGAAUGCCAAGAAAGACGGCACUUCUGGACAUUGAACUCUCCAAGCUUGGCAUAGACAUUGUCGCCUUUCAAGAAACAAGGCUCCUAGAGUCUGGUUCCCUAAGAGAGAAGAACUUUACUUUUUUCUGGAAAGGCAAAGAACCCGGCGAAAAUGCUAUUCACGGAGUUGGCCUCGCUAUUGCCAACAAGAUCAUCAAAAAUGCAGAUAUUCCCGUGGGAAUCUCAGAACGCAUCAUCACUGUACGGCUCACUUCUGGAACAGUUCCUUUGAACAUCAUCUGUGUGUACACACCGACACUCACUUACCCGGAUGCCGAGAAGGAUGCGUUCUUUGACCAUCUCACAAGCGUUGCUCAAGCAGUUCCCCUCUCAGAAAGUCUCUACGUGAUUGGGGACUUCAACUCUCGCGUAGGUUCUGACCAUGCCUCCUGGCCAGACUGCUUGGGCAAACAUGGAAUAGUUAGUUGGCGCCACCCAAGAUCGAAACAUUGGCAUCAGCUGGACCUUGUGCUAGCCAGGAGAUCUGACAUCGGACAAGUCAAGCAAACGCGUGUCUUUCACAGCGCGGAUGGCGACACUGACCACUCUCUGGUCCUGUCAACCAUAAAGCUUGGCACCAAACCAAGAACCCAGAAGAAGAAAGUCUGCAGAAAGUACCUAGAUACUGCUGCCAUGAAAGACCCAAUCUGCAUAGAAACGUUCCACAAAAAGUUUACUGAACAAAUGGAUCUGAACCCCAUAACUGAAGACGACAGUGCCACAGUUAGCUGGGACACCCUUCAAGAAGCACUCUUUGAAGCUGCCAAGUCAACCUUCGGUAUCAAGAAACGUGCGGAUACUGACUGGCUUGACGCUAACAUGGACGUGCUGCUUCCACUGCUUGAGAGGAAAAAUGCAGCGCAUCAUCAGUUCAAGACCCGAGCAACCCAUGCAAGCCUUGACCUGCUGAAGGUGGCUAGAAGUGCUCUUCAGAAACAGAUGAACUACUGUGCCAACAACUACUGGAAGAAUUUGUGCCUAGAGAUCCAAAACGCCUCAGACCUGGGUAGCUUUCGCAAGCUCUACCAAGGCUUAAAAAAGGCCAUAGGUCCAUCUACGAGGAAAGUUUGUCCUUUAAAAUCCUCCGACGGCACCAUGAUCACAGACUCAAACCAGCAGCUUGCCAGGUGGGUCGAGCACUACUUAGAACUGUACUCUGAGCCCCGGCCCAUCAAAAAGGAAGCCAUAGAAGGCACUCCCAGCUUUCCAGAAGCACAGCAGCUGGAUGCCAUGCCGACUAUGAACGAAUUGAUAGCUGCCCUGAAAAGUACCCCAAGUGGGAAAGCGCCCUGA